GCGGGGCGCGGGGCAACGCUGAGCGGCGCGGAGAGGAGCGGAGCGGGGCUGCCGCCUGGCCCGCCCCGGCUGCGGGCAGCCCGGGCACCGGCCCCCCGCGUCGGGCCGGGGCCACCGCGAUGGACCCUCCCGCGGGCAUCGCCCUCGUCCUGCUCUGCUGCGCUCUCGCCCUGCCCGCCGGCGCCCUGCGGCGCCCCGGGCACAGAGAUUCAAUUCUGAGGAAUACAGAGGAGUACAGCUUUGUCAUCCCCACCAGCACCGAUUCAGAAGGCAGGUUCCUAUCCCACUUAGUGUCUGGACCUCCAAAAGCGCGCUUCAGGAGAGCCACGGGGGACUUGCAACAUGAAGCAGCAAAUGAGCAAAUAUUUUACAAUGUCACUGUUUUUGGAAGAGAGUUUCACUUCAGGCUGCGGCCAAACUCCAGGCUCGUGGCCCCUGGAGCAACAGUUGAGUGGCAGGAGGACUCUGAUGAGACUCACAUUGAACCUCUCUAUGGGAAUUGCCUCUAUGUUGGGGAUAUCACUGAUUUGCCAAAUGCUUCAGUCGCUAUCAGCAAUUGCGAUGGGCUGGCUGGCAUGAUCCGCACAGACAAGGAUGAGUUCUUCAUUGAACCUCUGGAGAAGGGGGCCCAGGAGGAGGAGGAGGGAGGAGGCCGGACGCACGUGGUCUAUCGCAGAGCAGCUGCCAAGAAGCAGCUUCCUAUUGAGAAUGUGGAUACCCUGUAUGAAGCUGCUAACCUCACUAAUCUGGGCAGUCUCGACAGCGUGUUGAGCUUUAUUGAAGACCGGGUGCAUAGAUCGAGGCAGCGCUAUCGAAGGCAUGCGACGGAGGAUGAUUACAACAUUGAAGUCCUUUUGGGGGUUGAUGACUCAGUUGUUCAAUUCCAUGGGAAAGAACAUGUCCAGAAGUACCUGCUGACCCUGAUGAAUAUCGUUAAUGAAAUUUAUCAUGACGAGUCCCUGGGUGCUCACAUUAACGUUGUCUUGGUGAGGAUAAUCCUGCUGAGCUACGGCAAGUCCAUGAGUCUAAUAGAGAUUGGGAACCCUUCACAAAGCCUGGAGAAUGUGUGUCGCUGGGCCUACUUGCAACAGAAACCUGACACUGGGCAUGCAGAAUACCAUGACCAUGCUAUCUUUCUCACAAGGCAGGAUUUUGGUCCAUCUGGAAUGCAAGGCUAUGCUCCGGUCACUGGAAUGUGUCAUCCUGUUCGAAGCUGCACUCUGAACCAUGAAGAUGGUUUUUCAUCUGCUUUUGUGGUGGCUCAUGAAACUGGACAUGUUUUAGGCAUGGAGCACGAUGGCCAAGGGAACAGAUGUGGGGACGAAGUCCGCCUGGGGAGCAUCAUGGCCCCUCUUGUGCAAGCCGCGUUUCAUCGCUUCCACUGGUCUCGUUGCAGCCAGCAAGAGCUGAAUCGAUAUCUCCAUUCCUAUGAUUGUCUGCGUGAUGAUCCCUUCGAACACGACUGGCCUUCCCUUCCACAGCUGCCAGGAAUUCACUACUCCAUGAAUGAGCAGUGCCGGUUUGAUUUUGGUUUGGGCUACAUGAUGUGCACAGCUUUCCGUACAUUUGAUCCCUGCAAGCAGCUAUGGUGUAGCCACCCCGAGAACCCCUACUUCUGCAAAACAAAGAAAGGGCCUCCGCUGGACGGGACCAUGUGUGCACCAGGAAAGCAUUGUUUUAAAGGCCACUGCAUCUGGCUAACCCCAGACAUCCUGAAGCAGGAUGGACACUGGGGGGCAUGGAGCAAGUUUGGCUCUUGUUCUCGCACCUGUGGCACUGGAGUGAAGUAUAGGACACGUCAAUGUGACAAUCCACAUCCUGCCAAUGGAGGCCGUACAUGUGUGGGGCCAAGCUAUGAGUUCCAGCUGUGCAACACUCACGACUGUCCAAAGGACUUGGAAGAUUUCAGAGAGGAGCAGUGCAGGCAGUGGGAUCCUUACUUCGAGUACCAGAACACGAAACACCACUGGCUCCCCUAUGAACAUGUCGAUGCUAAGGAAAGGUGCCACCUGUACUGUGAAUCAAAGGAAACAGGGGAUGUGGUGUAUAUGAAAAGGAUGGUGCACGAUGGGACCCGCUGCUCCUACAAGGACGCUUACAGCAUCUGCGUGCGGGGAGACUGCUUGAAAGUUGGGUGUGACAGGGUCAUAGGUUCCACGAAGCAGGAAGAUAAGUGUGGUGUUUGUGGAGGAGAUAAUUCCCACUGCAAAGUGGUGAAAGGAACAUUUUCAAGAAUACCAAAGAAACAAGGGCACAUUAAGAUGUUUGAAAUUCCUGUUGGUGCAAGACAUUUACUUAUACAGGAAACAGACGCCACCAGUCAUAAUCUCGCAAUUAAAAAUCGUGAAACAGGGAAGUUCAUUCUCAGCGAAGACAACUACGUGCCAGACUCUAAAGUAUUCAUUGACAUGGGUGUGGAGUGGGAAUAUCGGAAUGAUGAUGAUAGAGAAACCGUGCAGACCAUGGGGCCGCUGCGUAAUGGAAUAGUCAUUCUGGUGAUUCCUCAUGGAAGUGCCAAGAUAUCUUUGACUUACAAGUACAUGAUCCAUGAAGAUUCCUUGAAUGUAGAUAAUAAUAAUGUUUUGGAAGAGGAUUCAGUGUCAUAUGAAUGGGCUUUGAAGAAAUGGUCCCAGUGCUCAAAACCUUGCGGAGGAGGCUACCAGUUCACAAAGUACGGCUGCCGGAGGAAGACAGACCACAAGAUGGUUCAUCGGAGUUACUGCGAGCUGAUCCAGAAGCCGAAGCCCAUUCGCAGGGUGUGCAACCUCCAGGAGUGCUCCCAGCCCAUAUGGGUUACAGGAGAAUGGGAGCCUUGCAGCAAAAGUUGUGGGAAAACAGGGUAUCAAGUACGAUCUGUCCGAUGUAUCCAACCCCUACAUGAUAAUACAAAUAGAUCCGUUCAUACCAAGUACUGCAACAACAACCGUCCAGAGGGCAGGAGGCCUUGCAACCGGGAGCUUUGCCCAGCACAGUGGAGAAUUGGAGCCUGGUCACAGUGCUCUGUCAGCUGUGGCAAUGGCACGCAGGAUCGCCCGGUCCUGUGCCGGACCAGGGACAAUGCCAUUGGCCUUUGCAAAGAAAAUAAACCAGAGACUGUAAGGAUUUGCAGACUACCUCCAUGUUCAAGAAACGUUUCUGAUCCUUCAAAGAAAACCUACAUGAUACAAUGGCUGUCAAGACCUGAUCCAGACUACCCCAUCCAGAAAAUAUCUUCAAAAGAUCAUUGUCAAGGAGACAAGUCAAUGUUUUGUCGCAUGGAAGUUCUCUCUCGUUACUGCUCGCUUCCUAGUUACAAUAAGCUGUGUUGCAAGUCCUGUAACAUGUACAGCAACGUAACAGAGGUGGACGGUGUAACUGAUUCUAACAUAAAUAAGAAUAAUGUCAUUGAGGAGGAGCUCCUGACCACUCUCAGCCCUCCCAUGGGCCUGUCCACUACACAGUCUUCCACCAGCCCUCCUCUUGUUCCCAAAACACGUGCACCUCCUUCCAAUGCAACUGAGGAGCACCCAGAAAUCAAUGCAGUGGAUGUUCCCUAUAAAAUCGAGGGGCUGGAUAAUGAAGUAUCACAGCACAACAUCAUUACACGGAGGAGGAUACCUUAUGAAAAGACAAGGAAUAAAAGAAUUCAGGAACUGAUUGCCGAGAAAAGGAAAAAAGAGACUCUUAGGAAAACAAACUAAACUGAGAAUGUGGCACAAACAACAUUUUUCUCUUAUAGAGAUGUCACCAACAUCAUGGUAUUGCCCGUGUCAUAAAGACUAAAAAUGGGGGAAAAUCGAAGUGGUGCUAUGGCAAAGAUGCCAAAUUUUGAAGCCUACUAUAGAUGGAAAUGACAGAUUGUUUCACAAGUGCUAAUCUGAACACUUUGACAUCUAGGUUUACAGGGUACGGUAGAGUAUUAGUGCAAUAUCAUUACAGCAUUUCACUGAAUCCAAACAAACUGUAAUACCUAGGCCAGGUUAGCAGGUUUCUAGUUCAUGAGCUCUUUUUAAGUCUUCUAUGCUUGUGUAACACUGCUUGGGAAUAGUAAUGGGAGUUACAUUUAGGAUGGAGGAAAACAGUCCCAAGACAUGAUAAACCCUCUUCACACUGACAAGCAGGUGGCCAGCACCCUGUGAUGCUUCUGUGCACUGCAUAACCGGGCACUGGCUCAGCCCCCGGUUCAGGAGGGUACGUAAGAACAUGCCAGGCUAAGCUUAGGUGACUUUGGUAGAGCUGCCUUGGUGGUCACAGCCAGGAAUGUGCUUAUGUAGCUUUCUGAACCGGGCCUGCAUAAGAAAAUACAUAGAACAUGCUGUAGCCAUAAAUUCAUGUGUAGAUUAAGAGCUGGCAAACAGUGCUUUACAUAUUUCCGUAAAUGAUUUCACAGGAUUCUCCUAAACUUUUGAAUACAUGCAAGACAUAGGGUAGAUCCGGCCAACUUGGACUGACAACAUCCGAGUCUUUCUGUUUACAAUUAUCCAUAUAUUUGAGUCUUUAAGUCCCUGUAAUGCAACAGCCUCAGUGAUCUUUGUUGGUUGGUGCUUUUUUUACUGGUAUGAUUUUUUUCCUACCCACAUACUGUUUAACUUAAAGAUGACUGGAUUGUUGUUGCCUUUUCUUUGGUGCUUUGUUAAGAAAACAUUCUUUUUCUCCCAUAGGAUGAGAUUAUUUUGGAGGAAACAUUUUUGCAUUAUCUUCCUUAUGACAGCUUUACUGAUGUAGAAGUGAACAAUCGUUUGCUGUACCCUUACAUAUACACAGACACACACAUGUACUCACAGUACCAGGUCUGCUAGAAACAUUAAGAUUUGUAACCUGACAACCCUUUGAGUACUUCCUUCCCCCUCAGGGUCAUCAUGGUUUUCAUAGGUCAUUUUGAAUUCCUGAUUGGUGAUCAGAAGAUGAAUUCAGCUUGGCUCUAACACUGCAGAGAUGGGAGCAUGGACUGGUUCCUGCCGUGGGUGACGUCUGUGCAGUUUUUCUCCCGUCUCCUGGCUUGGGCUCUUCCAUUUGUUUCCUCUUUGCUGGUAAACCUCCUGCAGAGCCCAGGGCUUCCCUGAAAUCCUCCUUUACCACUAGCACAUCUGAUGGCUCCUAGUUCAGAUUUUCCAGUAAGACCUCGUCCUCCAGCCCAAGCUGGUCUCAGUUUGCUGCAGUGCCAGUUAUAAGCCUCUAUAUAGUCACAUAGUUAUUGGAAAUGUGCUGAGUUUCCAGCUCUUCUGUGGCCGGGCUGCUGGCAAAGAGCUUCAGAAGUAUCUCAAGGUGAACCACAUGUGGCUUCCUGCUUCUUUCCCUUCUGCUCUCAACCACCGUGGAUGAAUGAGCUGCCCAGUCUCUUCUCCAAAACAAGCCAGUCCUGCUGGAAAGGAGGCAAGAGCCUGCAGGAUCAGCAGACUUUGCAGCAGUGAGAUGUGAAACUGUUCUGGCCUGAACUGUGGCCAGAAGUAUGAAGGACAAGACCUGGUUUAAGAGAUACUUUUGGAGAUACUGGUCAAAGCAGAGAAGGAAUGCAUUCAGCUGGUGUGAUGGCAUCAAGCAUCCCUUCUUACAAAGGACUGGGGUGAUACAUUUGGGUGAGUAUUCAGGAGCAGCUCAGGCAGUACAGGGAUGGGAGUUAGACCAAAGACCAUGAAGACCAGGAAGCGCGAUGGGCCUGGUAGAAGUCCAGAGUGCUAGGAAACAUCCCCUGGGCGAAGCAGACAUGGCUGCAGAUGUGAAAGCAAACAACAAAGUCAUCUGUUCUUGUUUUGCAAAGUAAAACUAAAGCUCCACAGUUUGGCAGCAUUGAGCAUCAGUUGGCUGGGCAGUGACAGGAGUCUCAACUCACACUUUAACUCAUGAGACACUAAACGCUUUCCUGCAGUUGAAGACUGCUUACCUUUAGUGGCCUUCACUUGUGCCAGCCUUGCUCCAUUCCCUGCCUGUCGUUACAGAGCCACCAUGUACUCGCAAGCCCAGCACUGGCACAGAAGCCUUGUGGCAAGGGGUUUGUGGUUGCCUACAGAGAGGACAAGUUUCAGUAUCAGCAUAGGGUCAGGUCACAUCUGUGCAGAACAGAGCAGUGUAGCAAUGAGCACUGAAGGGAAAAAAAACCCAUCAUGCUAUUUAUAAGCAAGGAAGAUGUAUCUAAGUCAACAUCACUCCAGCUGGUGUGCCAUGGGAGACACAAGCUGUAGCGGGGUUCCCAGCCUGAGGGCUUAAUACUUCUUGCCUUCCACGUUUCCUUUACACAGAUGUGGUUAGUGUAAAACUUGUCUUUCCCCCUUCAAGUUAUUAUCCUGCUUUUAGCUCUGUGGACAAUAAAAAUAAACCACAACCUCCAGCUUUUUCAUAACCUAGACACACAUCCAAGCAUAUGAUAAACUUAGGAAAAACCCUCACAAACCCAAAGGUAGACAGGGGUUGGGUCUUGAAAUUAUAUAGGUGAGGAGGUACAAAUUUGCUGCCUUAUUCUCUGAGGCUCUAUGAAGACACAUUUCUCUGACCUCCAGAAGCCUGAAAUAACCCAAGUAAGAGCUUCUGUUCUCCCUUAGCAUCUGGAACAGGCUUAGUCAACCAGGUAAUAUGAAGAAAUGCCACAGGACAAGUGCCUACAGCUCAAAUGCUGCCUCUUCUGUACAAAUGACUUCCAAGUUGUGUCCCAAUAGAAAAUGGGGCAGGAAUUAUUUGGUGCAACUUCCAGUGACCUGUCUGCAAACAGCACAAGGAAAGGGCUCUUCCAGUGCAGUGACCCAACGUUUGAAAAGGAGUGGGCUGUUCUGUGCUGAGCAUUUCCAGGGUCUCCCAGGGCCAAGACUGCUAUAGGCUGGCAAUCCACAUGCAUGGCGUGGACACCCAAGCUGAACUUGCAAAGCUAGUUCAAAGUUCAGCAUCCUGCCCAUUUUGUUCUUUCUCUAGAGUGAGUCAGUUCUCAACCAAACAAACCAAAAGCAUCUUUCCAGAUGAAGUGGAAACUUCUGCUGCAUCUUGGAUCAGGAGCAGACUUCCAAAUGGCUGGUGUGGUGCUAGCCUAGGUCUGGUGUUCAUUAGGGACUCAGUGUAAUGCCUGCUGAUGCCUGCAUUUAGGAAGUGCUUGCUCCUUUCUCAGUGUCACCUUUGGGAGAUUUAACUUAUUUCUCUCUGUUUUUAAUUCUACUGAACAUUUCUCUAGCUGUUAUUUGAGGAACACUGAAAUAAUAUUUGAAGGAGCAGCUUCAGUCUAGGUUGCUCAAGACAGAUGCUGAUGGACACACACUGGUUCAUCUCCUUAAUGGAGCGGAGCCACCAGCUGCCUUCUCUUUACAGUCUUGCUGUAUGAAGGGAGGAAAAAGUCUCUUCAGACCAGGAAAGAUGCCUUCUUGUCGAGAUGGCAUCAGUUUUUCAGAAGGUGUUUUCAGCAGUUCCUCACGAUGGUUGUUUCCUAAGACCACGUACCUCACUUCUAGAAAACACAGAGCAGAGCUCUAUUGAUAAAGAAAAAGCAUCCCAAGGCAAUGGGUGGGCAUUUGCAUUCAGCUGAUAUUUAUUCCAUGUCAUGCAGUGAAAUUUUGGUCAUUUUUUGUUUGGUUGAACUUUGACAACCCUUUCCCCUUUUCUACAAUGCUGUCAUUGGCCAAGGGCAUCGUCAUAGUGUGUCUUCUGUACCCUUUUGCAGUUUCCUGGGUACUGCAUUUUGAGCCGUAAUGAGCAGAGAGUGGUACUUUGAUGCAACCUAAUCCCCCAAAACAAAAGCAGAUUUAUAAGUAAUACAUCCCUGCAGAGGCCAUCUCAGAGAUCCCAGAGCUAAAGCAAUCUGCUCCCAUUAAAACACAUUUUGUGAUAUAACCACCAAGUACACAGCUUCCUAAAUUGUCAUUUUUCUGUUGGUCUAAACUUAAAAUCCAAGUGACAGCCCCUCAUGAAAAAUCCCAAACCUUUCCUGGUGCCUUUGGCUCCAAUCUGCUGCCAUUGUUUUUCACUAACAUUCCUUUAGAAAUUCCUCUAAUCUGUUAUAAAUGCAUCACUUUUUAUAUUCGUUUUAUCUGUUCAGUAUUUAGAGUCUCACAGCAUCUCCAUAGAAUGCUUUCAGAUAUUUGGAGAACUCUAGAAAUGGUGCUUUACCAGUACUCAAAGGGGUUUAUGUUUUAUUUUAUUACGUAAUGCAUUUAAUGUCUUAUUUACUCACCUACAGAGCACAGUAUUAGCUAUCUUCAUCUGAAUAUCUAUAUGCAACUUCCAUUCACUUACAUAUACCUUAACAGAAAUUGCAAUAAAUAGCCAUUUCUUGUAUAUUAAAAAUGUAUAUACAAAUUAGAAUCUUUAAUUUUAUAAUUUAUUAAAUUCAAAUGUCUGUGUU